UGUACUAUUAAGUACUGUACUACUGUGUAGUCCACGACUCGCGAAGACAAAUCAUGAUUUAAUAUUAUAUUUAAUAAACCGUGACCAAAAUAAAGCUUAUUAUAGCUAUCACCAUAAUAGUUAAAUAGUUUAAUUUAUACUUAAGUAACAACCGGUGUUUGUUAAUACUUAAUAAUCAUUAAUAAUUUGACACUCAAAAUGACGUUCAAUAAUCAAAUGAUGUCAGAGAAAUAUUGUUAGAUUAAAUUGCAUCAUUAGAGCAGUUUAACAUCUCGUCAAAUUCAAAGUUUUUAGUUCUUGACUUGCCGUGGAGUUUUUAAAAUGAGUUAUACGAAUAAAGUUAUUCAUAGUGGAUAUUUUAACGAUACUCUUAGACAAUGGCAGUGUCAAAACACUCAAAUUACUUCUUUAAAUUUAAUGUAUCCUAUUUUUAUCUUAGAUGAAAAGGAUGUAAGAGAAGAAAUAAAAUCAAUGCCAGGUAUCUACCGACAAGGAUUAAACCAUGUUAAAGCCAUGUUGGAUCCAGUUGUUGAGUCAGGGCUUAAAUCUAUCUUAAUUUUUGGUGUGAUCAAUAAGUUAUCAAAAGAUCAAUGUGGAACACAUGCUGAUUCUCUUGAAAAUCCAGUUAUUCAAGCUUUACCAUUGUUAAAGAAAUGGUACCCAAAUCUUGUGAUAGCUUGUGAUGUGUGCUUGUGUCCAUACUCGUCUGAUGGACAUUGUGGGAUCGUUGAAAACCAGCAAAUAGACAACAUAAAAAGUAUAAACAGGAUAGGAGAAAUCGCAUUGUCAUAUGCUCUUGCUGGUGCAGACAUUGUUGCUCCAUCUUGUAUGAUGGAUGGGCAUGUAACAGCUAUUAAACAGAGUUUAAUGAAAGAGAAUUUGUUGAGUCGAGUUAGCGUUUUAUCGUAUUCUGCCAAAUUUUGUUCUGUAUUUUAUGGACCAUUCAGAGAUGCUGCAAAUUGUGCACCAAGUUUUAGUAAUCGUUCGUCAUAUCAAAUUCCUGUAGGAAGUUCAAGUAUUGCAGAAAGAGUUGUGGAUAGAGAUAUCUCUGAAUCUUGUGAUAUGACUAUGGUAAAACCUGGUAUGAUGUACUUAGACAUAGUAAGAAAAGUUAAGGAUAAACAUCCAAAUAUACCAAUAUUUAUAUAUCAGGUGUCUGGAGAAUAUUCAAUGUUAUAUUAUGCUGUACAAGCUGGUGUAGUACAAUUAAAAGAGGGUUUAAUUGAAAUUUUAAGGAGCAUGCGACGGGCCGGUGGUGAUGUGAUUGUGACUUACUAUACUCCAGAAAUUUUAAAAUGGUUAAAAGAUGUACCAUUAUUAUAAAUAUUAUGAUUUUACUGUGGGCCCUGGUGUAUAUUUUCUCUAGUAUUAUAGUUUAUUUUUUAUUUUUAUUUUGACUGGGAGUACAUCCAAAGGUUUGGUUGGUUGUCCAUUUGGCAGAAUUUUUAUUUUUAUCUGCUAGGCACAGUUUGUAUUAAAGUACCAAAUUUGUACCACAAAAUAAUAUACUCAUUCAUACUUGUUAUCAGAAAUAAAAGGUUAAUAUAUAUUAUAAAAACAAGCUCUCCUCAUUUUUUGUAUUAAUUAGAAUUUAUUUUUAUUGGUGUUUAAAAUGGAAACUCUGGUGCUAUGUCAGUAGAUCUGUCCCCGUUCUUGCUUUGGUUGCUCAUUCUCUUUCGGCUACUUAAAAUUAUAUUCUUACUUCUAACAAAUUGCCUCUCUACGAAGCAGACUUUUCUUUGUUUGUACUUGCUCCUAUAAUAAAUUGUGAUGUCCUAGGUCAUUCCCUAGAUUUUCUUAAAUCCUCUUCCCCCAACUUGGUCAAUGGUCUUUUUCAGGAUUACAUUCACCAAACCUUUCCUCUUUUUAUUUUAAUUUGCACCGACGGUUCGGUCUCUCCUAUUUCGGCCGGCUACUCUUUUUUCAUUGCUGAAUUACUUAUUUCCUUUACCAACAACCUCCCAUCAAUAGCUUCUUCAUACACAGCUGAAUGCUUUGUUAUCAUCAAAGUGCUCAAACUUAUCUCCACCCUACUGCCCAAUAAAUUUCUUAUUGCUACCGAUUCGCUUUCUUGCCUACAAUCCCUCUCUUCUAAUGUCUUCAACUCAUCACCUAGUCUUUUUACCUUUUUGAUCAGGAACCUUCUUCUUACCCUCUCUAAUUCGGGUUUUGUAAUUCAAUUUCUCUGGGUUCCAGGCCAUACAGGUAUCUUAGGCAAUGAAAUCGCGGAUUCCCUGGCCAAAACCAUAGCGUCCAUUCGAAUCCAGCUAGUAAUUUGAUUCCUUGGUCGGACUUCUGUCCCAUUCUUAAAUCUUGCGUCAAUCGUUUAUGGACUAAUUCCUUCACAAAUCUCCCUCCCAACUAUGCCAUUUGGUACAGAAAUAUUAACACUAGCAUUCCAUCCAAGCCGUGGUUUUCCAGUCUAAAAUUAUCUCGUAAAGUAAUUAGUUCUUUUUCCCGCCUUCGUUACGGCCACUCUUUACUCCCCUCACAUUCCUUCAAAUUAUCCUUGAACAACUCGCCUCUCUGUAUUUUUCCUCACAUUCCAGCGGUCUGUGAUUUUGAUCACAUUGUAUUUGACUGCCCCUUCUUAUCGGCAAAACGUUCUCGCUUCUUUUCUCUCCUUCACUCUCUCAACAUUACCCCCGACGCUCGCCAAAUACUUUCAUCACAAUCUGUUUCUGCCAUUACCGCCACAAUUUCGUUCUUUCUUAAUUCUGGGUUACUUAUAUAAUAAACUAUAGCAUGUACAAUUAAUUGUUGAGAUUAGUUGUAAAUUACAAAAUUUCAAUAAAAAAAAAAAAAGAAACAGUUUAGUUUUGGAUUCAAGGUGUCUGUCAAUUUAAACAUUAAAUAUUAUUCAAAUUUAAGUGAAAGUUAAGAAAUUUAUAUGGGUAACCGUAACACUAAUAAUUACAGUUUAAGCCUCUGCUCAGCAUUAGUAAAUCUAGGGUUUUGCCUCCAAACCCCUUGGGGCUACAAUCGCUAACUUGAUGGUGAGGGGAGAGAGCAUACUGACCUUCGGGCAGGCAAAUGACCUUACAAGUAAACUUAACCUUUUUAGUUAAAGUAACACAAGUAUAGUGGCUCCCUUCACCUACCUACCCCGAUCGCCAAACUCUAGGUCCUCCGAGCGACAUUAAUGUAGUGUUCCGCGCAUAUGUACGUAUAAUCGUAAAAUCGCAAACUUCAAAAGUAAGUCCGAGCUCAAUUCUGGUUGCACCAUCGUUCUUCAACUCGUCUAGUUACAUAAUAGUUUCGAUAUAAAAAAAAUAAAUUGGUGAGGGAGAACUAAACUGCGUUUAUACCAAUUUUAAUUAUGUUUCAUUUAUUUUAAAUUUAAUAAAUCCUGAAACAUAGGAAAACAACGCCCUAGACAGGGGCAUCAAUCAUCACUUAUAAUGAAAAUAAAUAAUGAUAUGUUUAUUUUGACAAUAACAAAAAAAAAAUGUCCCAGAUCCUCAUAAAAAAGUAGAACGAUUUCUAAAUUAAAAUGUACAAAUAUAGCUAUCGUUGGUGGGAGUAUGGUAACAGGGAGGCAUAGUCCCCCCUAGUUACGCCUAUGGACAUGAUAUGAUUGUCCUGCUCUGUUGUUCCAAAUACAUAUUAUUAGGUAUUUAAAUGGGUUUAAAUCGAUUAUAAUUCUUCACACACAUAUAAAAAAAUAACAGGUUAUUUUAAACCAAAUAAUAUAUUAUUUAUGAACUAUGUUGGCAACACUUUGAAAAAUUAAGUGUUCCAAGUUCCAAUCAUGACUAUACAGUAAUACAGUAUACAAUUACUUGAAAGUUAAACUUGAAACAAUAGCUGACCGUAGGCGAGCAGCUGCUAAUCUCGCCAGGCCUUUUUUGACCAAAUUAUUACAAGGGAAAAUCGAUUCACUGUACUCAUUAUUAUCACAAACAUCUUUUAAUAUUCCAUUCCGGACCUCAUAUCCCAACAUUUUCCCUUUUCACUCCCUACUUCUAACAACUAAUAAUUAUGGUCAAAUAUGAUCCACUCAUCGCUACAUGAAUUUAGGUAAUC